UCUCCAACUCCCUCCCCAUUCAUUAACGGGAGUGGAUCCCAUCCGGCAGAAAUUUUGCGGAUUCCGGUUAACCUCGGUAAUCUUCGCGGAUGCCUUCUUGAAACGAUGAAUGAAUAUCAAAGAGUAUUGGAUUGAUGCCUCUUUCUCCGCAACAUGCGACGGUUUUCAGAGACAUCCUCCACUGUACCCACCACACCAACCUCCGACGCGGCCAUGCUCUCCACGCCCGAACCCUCCGUAACGGCUCUUUCUUCUCCUCAACUCACCUCGCCAACGCCAUCCUCCUCCUCUACGCCAAGUCCGGCUUCCUUUCCAAAGCCACCCUCAUCCUCCACUCCAUCCCCACCACCACCAGAGACAUUGUCUCAUGGAACUCCCUCAUCAAUGCCCUCUCCAGGAACAAGUCUCACUCCUCCUCUGUUUUCUCACUCUUCCGCCUCAUGACAAGAACUCAUCACAUGGAGCUCCCUAACGCCCACACCUUCGCCGGUGUCUUUACCGCCGUUGCCAACACCUCUGACUUCGUCGCUGGCCGUCAGACCCAUGCCCUCGCCGUCAAGACGUCAUGCCUUCGUGAUGUUUAUGUUGGGAGCUCGCUGCUUAACUUUUAUUGCAAAAUGGGUCUUGUACUUGAUGCGCGCAAGGUGUUUGAUACAAUGCCUGUGAGGAACGAGGUUUCUUGGUCGACGGUGAUUUCCGGAUAUGCUUCGUUAGAGAUGGUUCAUGAGGCUGUGGAGCUCUUUGGGGCCAUGAAUUGUGAAGAAGGGGAGAUUGUUAAUGAGUUUGUGUUUACAAGUGUUCUUAGUGCGUUGACUAAGGGUGAGUAUGUGGACAUUGGUAGGCAGGUUCAUUCCCUUGCUAUCAAGAAGGGGUUGCUCUCGGUUAUCUCCGUGGGCAAUGCUCUUGUGACCAUGUAUGCUAAGUGUGGGACCCUGGAUGAUGCGCUAAGGACGUUUUAUUUGUGCGGGAAGAAGAAUUCGAUCACUUGGUCGGCCAUGGUUACUGGUUAUGCUCAGAGUGGGGAUUCUGACAAGGCUCUGAGGUUGUUUUAUGAUAUGCAUCAUUCUGGGGUGAUGCCAAGUGAGUUUACUCUUGUGGGGGUGAUCAAUGCUUGCAGUGACCUUUGUGCUAUUGCAGAAGGGAAACAAAUGCAUGGUUACUCAGUGAAGUUGGGGUAUGAAUUGCAGUUGUACGUUUUAUCGGCUUUGGUGGACAUGUAUGCAAAAUGUGGUAGCAUAGAGGAUGCUCGGAAGGGUUUCGAGUAUAUAGAACAGCCCGAUGUUGUUCUCUGGACCUCUAUCAUAACAGGAUAUGCUCAAAAUGGGGAUUUUGAAGGUGCUCUGAAUCUGUACUGCAAUAUGCAGAUGGACGGAGUUGACCCCAACGAGCUAACUAUGGUGAGUGUUCUUAAAUCCUGUUCUAGUUUAGCUGCUUUAGAUCAGGGGAAGCAAAUGCAUGCUCGCAUUAUUAAGUAUGGUUUCAAAUUAGAAGUUCCAAUUGGAAGUGCUCUUUCUGCCAUGUAUGCUAAGUGCGGAAGUUUGGAUGAUGGGUACCGUAUAUUUUGGAGGAUGCCUAACCGAGAUGUAAUUUCUUGGAAUGCAAUGAUAUCUGGACUGUCUCAAAAUGGUCGUGGUAAAGAAGCCUUGGAGUUGUUUGAGAUGAUGUGCCAGGAGGGAACAAAGCCCGACACAGUCACAUUUGUGAAUCUUCUCUCUGCCUGCAGCCAUAUGGGUCUAGUGGAUAGAGGCUGGGCUUAUUUCAAAAUGAUGUCUGAUAAAUUCAGCAUUGAUCCAACAGUAGAGCAUUAUGCCUGCAUGGUUGAUAUCUUGAGCCGUGCCGGUAAACUCAAUGAAGCAAAGGAAUUCAUUGAAACAGCAACAAUUGAUCAUGGUUUUUGUUUGUGGCGCAUAUUGUUAGGGGCCUGUAGGAACUAUCGUAACUAUGAUAUAGGUGUCUAUGCUGGUGAGAAACUAAUGGAGCUAGGCUCACCAGAAUCAUCUGCUUAUGUAUUGUUAUCAAGCAUAUAUAUAGCUUUAGGAAAGAAGGAUGAUGUAGAACGUGUAAGGAGAAUGAUGAGUGACCGAGGGGUGACUAAAGAACCUGGGUGUAGUUGGAUUGAGUUGAAGAACUUGGUUCAUGUAUUUGUUGUUGGAGAUGAUAUGCAUCCAAAGAUUCAUGAAAUACGGUCACAGUUAAGGUUAUUGACCAAAUUGAUGAAAGAUGAAGGAUAUCAACCUCUUUCAGAUCCAUUGCCUGCAACUAUCAGAAAUGAUUUGAAAGAUCAUGAAGACAGUGAAGGGAUACAACUCAUGGUUUGUUCUAGCAUGUAGCAUGAAUAGGAGGAUGAUCCACUGAUUAUUAUUUAAUUAGUCAUUGCUCUUUCUCUGGUUAAAUGCUGGCAUGAAUCAAUGAAUAGGAACCAGAUAACGAAGCACCAUCGAUCAAUCAGAUUCAGAGAGAAGUUUUGAAGGUUAGCAUAGAGGAUAACCAGCUUCAUUUGCACUGAGCAAAUCAUCACAGCUAUCAAAAUAGAUAUGGAGAAAUGGAAGUCCUCCUUGAAAUUGCUAUGCACAAUGUUGUCAUAGGGGAAUGAAGUAAAUUUAACAUGUUUUCAGAGUUCUAUACUUAGUCAACAAUUUAAACAAUUUUAGCUUUAUUAGGUUCCAUUGAUUAGUACAACGAGAUUUUAUUUUUAUAAGUACUUUUAAAUUUUAUUAACAUAGAAACCCUCAACCGUAGAGUUAAUUUGGUUUAUGUUGAGACCCCCAAUCCAUUAUCUAUGAUUUUUAUUAGGUUUAAUUUUAUUCUGCAAUUUUAAGGUAUUUUACACUUUUAAAGGUUUAAUUAUUCUGUUGGUCCCUAUAGUUUCGCAAAAUUUUUAAUUAGGUCUCUAUAAUUUUUUUCUUUUUAAUUGAGUCCUUGUACCAAUUUUUUUUAAUUGGGUCCCUAUUUUUUUUUUUAUUUGGAUUCCUACACCAAUAUUUUUUAAUUGGGUCUUUAUACAAUUAAACUAAUUACUGCCACAAGGGACCUAAUUGAAAAAAAAAAUUUAAUGCAGGGACCAAAUUAAAAGAAAAAAAAAGUAUAAGGACCUAAUUAAAAAUUUUGCAAAACUAUAGGAACCAACAGAAUAAUUAAACUACUUUUAAAUAACUACAACUUAUUUUGCAAAACUAUAGAGACCAACAGAAUAAUUAAACUACUUUUA